AUGUCUCCCAUUCCCAAGACCCAAAAGGCUGUCGUCUUUGAGACUAACGGUGGUCCCCUCCUCUACAAGGACAUUCCUGUUCCUACCCCUGCUUCUGAUGAAAUUCUCGUCAACAUCAAGUACUCUGGUGUCUGCCACACUGAUCUUCACGCAUGGAAGGGUGACUGGCCUCUCCCUACUAAGCUUCCUCUGGUCGGUGGCCACGAGGGUGCCGGUGUUGUUGUCGCCAAGGGUGAAAAUGUCACCAACUUUGAGCUCGGUGAUUACGCUGGUGUCAAGUGGCUCAAUGGUUCAUGCUUGGGCUGUGAGUUCUGCUUGAAGUCUGCUGAAUCUAACUGCCCUGAUGCUAUUCUUUCCGGUUACACUCACGAUGGUUCUUUCCAACAAUAUGCCACCGCUAAGGCUGUCCACGCCGCUAAGAUUCCUCAGGGUACCGAUCUUGCUGAGAUUUCUCCUAUUCUCUGCGCCGGUAUCACUGUCUACAAGGCUCUGAAGACCUCUGAGGCUAAGCCUGGUAACUGGGUUGCCAUCACUGGUGCCGGUGGCGGUCUCGGUACUCUUGCUGUCCAGUAUGCCAAGGCCAUGGGUUUCCGUGUGAUUGGUAUUGACUCUGGUGAUGCUAAGGCCAAGGCUGUUAAGGAUCUUGGUGGUGAAGCUUUCGUUGACUUUGCUACCACCAAGGACAUUGUCAAGGAUGUUGUCGCUGCUACCAACGGUGGUCCUCACGCUGUUAUCCACGUCGCUGUUUCUGAGAAGGCAAUUGGUGUUUCUACUGAGUACGUUAGACCUACCGGUGUCAUUGUCCUUGUCGGUCUCCCCGCCAAUGCUUAUGUUAAGUCUGAAGUCUUCUCCCACGUCAUUAAGACCAUUUCUAUCAAGGGUUCUUAUGUUGGUAACAGAGCUGAUACUGCUGAGGCCAUUGACUUUUUCACUCGUGGUCUUGUCCACUGCCCUAUUAAGGUUGUUGGUUUGUCUGAACUUGAGAAGGUUUAUGAGCUCAUGGAGAAGGGCCAGAUUGUUGGCCGUUAUGUCCUUGACACAUCCAAGUAA